CUAACUAAACGUUAUCAUACUUCCUCCUCACCGGUCCGGUCACGACGGAGCUCACUUCCUCAACGUCAUCUCCGGCGAUAGAGUUUCUCUCUUUGUUUGCUCUUUGAAGUUCCCGUUACAAUUCAUCACACAAAAUUUCGUAGCAGAGGAUGUUGAUGACACUAGCGGCGGCUAACGCCGUUUCGUUCAACUCAAAGCUUAUCUUGUUUCGAAUUCGUUGCUCUGAUUCUAACCCAAAGCGCGGCUUUGGCUCUAAAAAGGAAGAGAAAGAUCCAUCAUUACAGCAAAGGAAACCGUCUUCGAAACAGUCUGUCUCUGCUCCCAGAAAGGCACCUGGUCUGAAUUCUCAGUUUGAAGGAAAACCUGGUCGAUCUUUCGAUAUAGACUUUGAGGAACGUCUAGAAACCAUUAGAAGGUCAGCUCUUGAGAAGAAAAAGACAGAAGUAGUUAACGAGUACGGUCCAAUAGACUAUGAUGCACCAGCACCAGUCCAGACAGAUCAGAAAACAAUUGGUCUUGGUACCAAGGUUGGAGUUGGCAUAGCUGUUGUUGUCUUUGGUUUAGUUUUUGCUCUUGGAGACUUUCUCCCCACAGGAAGUGAUAGUCCAACGGAGAAGACCUCGGUGGUUAAAAAUAAAAUUUCGGAAGAGGAGAAAGCCACGCUUCAGCAAAGGCUCAAAGAGUUUGAAACAACUCUCGAUGGGGCUCCUAAUGAUCAAACUGCUCUAGAGGGUGCAGCUGUGACACUGACUAAGCUAGGAGAGUAUUCACGGGCUGCUACGCUUCUUGAGAAAUUGGCUAAGGAGAGACCAACUGACCCUGAUGUCUUUCGGUUGCUUGGAGAAGUAAAUUUUGAACUUAAGAACUAUGAAGGCAGUAUCGCUGCUUACAAAAUUUCUGAAAAGGUUUCUAAAGGCAUUGAUCUUGAAGUCACACGAGGCCUCAUGAACGCUUAUCUCGCUGCUAAGAAACCAGACGAGGCUGUCAAAUUUCUGCUGGAUACUCGCGAACGACUGAAUACAAGGAAAACAAGCACAGCAGACAGUGUUUCCGCUGAAACUGAACCAGAUCUAGACCCAAUUCAGGUUGAGUUGCUUCUUGGAAAAGCUUACUCAGACUGGGGACAUAUCAGCGACGCUAUAGCUCUUUAUGACCGGCUUAUCUAUGAACAUCCUGAAGACUUCCGAGGGUACUUGGCUAAGGGAAUUUUACUGAAAGAAAAUGGAAGCAGAGGAGAUGCAGAGAGAAUGUUCAUCCAGGCACGGUUUUUCGCACCAGACAAAGCCAAGGCCUUUGUGGAUAGAUAUUCGAAGCUGUGAUCAGUAGCUGGUUUUGUAUAUAUGUACGCACAUGGGCUUGUCUUUUUUUCAACCUAAGUUUAUAGCCAGAGUUGUAACAAGAGAAUAUUCCAAGGUCAAUAAGAUUCAUCUGCGCAGUUUA